CAGAGGGACUAACAGUCCAGUGUGGACAGGUGGAGCAUUCUCACUAUAAACAAACCAGAUGUACCUGCCUUUAUCUGGGUCCCUCUCUCUGUAUUUCUGCCUAUCACAUAUUUGUCUGUUUAUUUAGUAGUAAUGCACAUUAACAAACAUCCCUGUAAAUGCAACAAAGUCAGCCAGAGGUCUAUUUUAAAUAGCAGAGCAGAAAUGAUCAGUGGAUUAAUGAAUUCAUUGAUUGACACACAAUUAACUGUUUGUGUCUUUGAUGAAGAAAAAUGUUGCAGCCUUCAAAAGAGAGAAUGUCCUGCUUUUCUCUGUUUGUUAAUUGAAUACCUUUAGGUUUCGGAUGGUUGUUCAGGCAAAAUAAACAAUUUGAAGACAUCACCUUGCCUAUUUCCUGACUAGACAAUUAAUCACCUACUCCAAAAACAAUAAUUGACAGAUUAAUCAGUGAAUAAAAUAAUUGUUAUUUGCAACCUAAUCUGCAAGUACUUGGACAGAUGUUACAUAGUCACCUUAAAACGAAUACAUAGCUGAACAGUGAAUUAAAUAUGUGUUUAAACAUGGAGCAAUAAUAAAAUAUAUUAAUGUUAAAGAUAACAUGUACUAUACACAAUAGGACCACACUAUGCUACAUUAUGAGGUGCUCAUUACGACCAGAAGCAGAAGCAUAUAAUACAUGCAGGUCAAUAAAAAAGAACAUGCAGCCAACUAUUUAUCACACAAAGAAAACAUACAUUUUACAAGCUAUGCAGCUUUUACUUGUGUGUGUUCAUGUUCAGACAGGGACACUGUUUGGCAUUCAUUGUAAUUCCUGUAUUGUUUUCAAGUGUUGAAUAAAGUAAAUAAAGUCUGGAGUCUAAUAGACUCAAUUCUGCUUUUCUAGUCCUCUGUUGUCCUGAUAUGAGGAAACAGCGCCCCCCACGGGCAGACAGCGGGACGGUAAAACUGUUGUAUUUCACUCAGUUCACUGCUUUUUGAUUGGAUUGGUUUGCUCUCUGUAAUUAUUGGGCAGAAUCAAAUUCAAAUUUCAUAUUUUAUUUUUUACAAGUCACCAGCCUACAUUUAUACAAUUUAUAUUAUUUACGUCUUCUUCUUUGCCUUUUAUGGUAAAAAUAGACAUUUUUAGGCAUGUGUAACCCAUAAGUUCCAAAGGCAUUCAUUCGGGUACCGUUCUAUAUAUUUAUCUUCCAAUGGCUUAAUCUUAAUAAUUUUGCACAAAUGUGCGGUUAUGUGCUGCUCAAUUUUGAUUUCCUUUAAUUCAGGAAAGAUUCCUGUACAAUAGCUGCCAUCUCUUCCCUCUGAUGGUACCCGAGAGAGAGAGACAGAGCGAUAGAGAGAGAGAGAGAGAGAGAGAGAGAGAGAGAGAGAGAGAGAGAGAGAGAGAGAGAGAGAGAGAGAGAGAGAGAGGUUAGGAGCUCCAGAUGGUGUUUAAACGCAGACAGAAGGCUACAGCGAGGACAGAGAGAGAGAGGAGGAGGAGGAGAGAGCCGCGGUUACUGCGUACAGUGGGCCCGCCAGCUCCACUCAUCAGUGAAGACAAAACAAGUCUGAAAACCCCAAAUUGUGAGUCCACGGGGGAAAAAAACUUAAAAACACGCUCUGCCGAUUGUGAUUUUCAUUGGGAGAAGUGAAUAUUUUAUAACAGCAUUUGAAGACAGCUCGGCGGAGGAUCGGCGCGUCGGAGGAGGACAAGGACCAUAUACAGAGAAACGUGCUUGUAGAGUAGCCUGUCCACAGGCUGUAAAGAAACUGUGGGUUUUUUGGGGUUUUUUUUUGGUUUUUUUCUGUUUUUUUUUUUUUUCUUUAAAGGAGACGGAUUUAUCUCGUCGGAUGUGUCAGGACUUGUUCCUGACACACGGACUGUGGCUAAACUGUGAACUAAAGAAGAGGGUUUUAAAGUUGUCACAGGGGGAAUAAAAGACGCACCCUGCAGACAAGAGGAGCCGCAUCUUUAUCAUUUGCGUUUUUAGCCUACAUGGGAGACGGGAGGAUUUGUGCACUUAUAGUAACAAAAUAUAAACCGGUUAACAGUGUUUCCCUCUUCAAUACGAACAGAAAGGACGUUUUUUUGCAGCUGAAACUGCGUCUAUUUUCUUUUAUUUCUUCUGUCUGGUGGUUAAAAUGAGCAAGAGAGCGGAUUUACUUGACCGGAACAAGUUGUGAUUUUUUUUUCACAUCACCGUCAACGACAGAAGCUGUUUGCUUUAAAAACAAACAAACUGCAAAACCAAAGACAUCAAUGUGCUUAAGGACCCAAGAGCCCUGGCUUUGAUUUGAUUUCUUUCUCUGAUGAUAUAACUGAGAAGAGAAAUACCUCAUAAUUUAUUAAACCUGGAAAGUCAAGACCCCUUUUGAACUUCCAAAGGAAAGUAAAACAAUUUCUUUUGUGACUGUGGCUUCUGCCUCUUCUUCCUUUCGAUAUUUCAAAAAAACAAAACAAAAAGGGGAAUAACACCUGAAUAGUUUUCCCAUACUAUUUAGCAAAGGCUUUAUCCCUCCUUUUCCCAAAUAAUGAGGAUUGAGACGAUAUAAAACCUGUUUGAGAAACUAUUUGGUGUGGAUUAUCAGCGCUACAAUUACCUCAGCUUGACCUCGACCUUCACAAAGUAGCAGAGUGCAGAAGGUUGGAACAAUGCCAGAUUCACCUGCGGAUGUGAAAACCCAGCCCAGGUCCACCCCACCCACCAUGCCUCCACCACCCCCGGCUGUCAGCCAAGCAACCAAUCGCAGCGCUUCAUUCACCCCCACCACCAGUAAAUCAAUGCUGAAUGGGAGCAGCCACUCUCCUACAUCGCUGAACGGUGCUCCAUCCACUCCUAACGGCUUCAGUAACGGGCCCGCCAUGUCUUCAACGGCCUCACUGUCCAACCAGCAGCUCCCGCCGGCUUGUGGUGCCCGGCAGCUCUGCAAGCUGAAACGCUUCCUGACCACGCUGCAGCAGUUUGGCAACGACAUAUCGCCUGAGAUUGGAGAGAGAGUGCGCAGCCUUGUGUUGGGGCUUGUGAACUCCACCCUCACUAUUGAAGAGUUUCACUCCAAACUGCACGAGGCCACCAACUUCCCUCUGAGGCCGUUCGUCAUUCCCUUCCUGAAGGCAAACCUGCCUCUGCUGCAGAGAGAGUUGCUCCACUGUGCCAGGUUGGCCAAGCAGACUCCAGCUCAGUAUCUGGCCCAACACGAGCAGCUUCUCCUGGACGCCAAUGCCAGCUCACCCCUCGACUCCUCAGAGAUUAUGCUGGAGAUGAAUGAGCACGGCAAGCGAAGGACCCCUGACAGGACCAAAGACAGCUCAGAGAGAGAAGGGUUGCACCCAGAGCACCUAGCUAAGAGGCCCUGCACCAUCAGCCCUAGCCAACGCUUCAGCCCCAGCACGGGUCUUCCUGCUCACCCACCUCCUAAUGGCCUCCCCACACACCCUCCCAACGGCCUGCCCCACCCACCCAACCCCCAAGUGGGACCCCAGCACUAUCGCUUAGAAGACAUGGCAAUGGCGCACCAAUAUAGAGAUGCUUACAGACAUAAUGAACACCGUGACGCCCGAGACAGGCACCGGCAGACAGCAGUGCACGGAGCUCGCCAAGAGGAGGUGAUCGACCACCGUCUUACAGAUCGAGAGUGGGCAGAGGAAUGGAAGCACCUCGAUAAUCUCCUGAACUGCAUCAUGGACAUGGUGGAGAAGACGCGCCGCUCUCUGACGGUGCUGCGCCGCUGCCAGGAGGCCGACCGGGAGGAGAUGAAUCACUGGAUUCGGCGUUACAGUGACGUGGAGGAGAUGAAAAAAGGUGGGAGCAACGGACAGCACUGCCUUCCUCCUCCUCUUCCUCCUCCUACUCCUCACCACAACUCCUCCUCCAACACAGCUAGCAGCAGCGAGUCACUGCCCAUAGGAACUUCCUCGGCUGCUGAAAGGCAGACAGGCAGACAGACAGAGAUCCACCGAGACUUCUUACACAGGCCUCCCUCAGGAUACCUGCCAGAAGAGAUCUGGAGGAAAGCUGGUACUACAAGUAUCCCGCUCUCCCCAGCACUAAAGCACCUCCAAAACAAGCAGGAGGAGGCUGUGAAUGAGGUGAAGCGACAGGCGAUGUCAGAGCUGCAGAAAGCGGUGUCGGACGCCGAAAGGAAGGCUCAUGAGAUGAUUUCAGCUGAACGUUCUAAAAUGGAGAGGGCGCUGGCCGAGGCCAAGAGGCAAGCCUCUGAGGACGCACUAACAGUCAUCAACCAACAGGAGGACUCCAGUGAAAGCUGCUGGAACUGCGGGAGGAAAGCCAGUGAGACGUGCAGCGGCUGCAACACGGCUCGCUACUGCGGCUCCUUCUGCCAACACAAAGACUGGGAGAAGCACCACCAUGUCUGUGGUCAAGGCCUGCAGGGGCUGCCAGGGGGCAGCAGUGUCCCUUUAGGCACCCCCUCCUCCUCCUCCAGCUCCUCAGCAUCAUCCAGCGCGCCCCCCACCCACUCGGAGAGCACUCCUCCAGGACCCCUGUCCCUGGCAGUCCAGAGCAGUAUUGCGGGAGGGGCUGGCAACGGCAGUGGAAGUGUCUCUGCCAGCCCCAAAGAGAGCAGUUCCAGCAGUGCCUCUCGCUCCACAACUCCAGCUACCCCCGCCCUCCUGGAUGGCACCUCUCGCUGACGUCUGACCCUUGUCCCUCCCGUGAAUACUGAUGCGACAGUGCCCACACUCCACACAAAACCAAACUGAGGAAUCUUCAUCGCACAUUGCUCCCUUUCCUCCUCCUCAACUUCUGCCCUUAUUUCCCUCUUAUCCUAAGCUCCUCUGAAAAUCGUCUCACUACCUGAUGACAGACUCAACUUGUCACCUUCCCCUAAAAAUGGCUUUUUCUUUGUCUCUUUCACAACCACAUACAAAGAUUCCAGGCUGGGGUUCAGUGUAGUGUAAAGCAUGAAUAAGUGCAGUGUCUCCUAUCUCUGUAACAGAAACAUAUCAGACGUGUUUGCUGAGAACAUGAGCUUUGAUGCAAUGUAAGCGUGGUAAACGGUGUCCACGUAAGGACACGAGACAAGGGCUGUAGCAAGGCAACAUCGAUGGGGGGAUGACUCGGCCGAUAAGCACUUGGGUAGGAUUUCCCUUUAAUUAAGUACCAAUGAGAGAACAGCACCCAGCCCUGACAUGUGCACUACUAGUCCAAACAGUUGACUGAUGUGGCACUUUUUCUACAGUGUCCUAAUGGAGACAGGCAAGGAGCAUAAUACCUUUUUUCAAAUGGAUGACGGAAGGGGAAAAACCUGUGAUGCGAUUAAUUCCUCAGAAACACAGCUUAGUAUUUAUUAAAAGUUUCUUUCUGGCUUUAAGGGAAAAUAAAGAAAAUCCAAAUAUUCUAAAUAAAGAAUAAUAGUGAUGAUGAUGCUGAUGAUGAGAUGAUGAUGAUAACAAUAAUGAUAUGAGAAUAAAUUAAUUUUAAACUGCUAACUACCUUGCUAGCGAGCCAAGAAAAUCUACACCGGACUCACCUCUCUGCACCAUUGUGAACCCAAAUGAAUUCAAAGAUGAAAAAUAACAUGAUCCAAACCUUUGUAUUACACUGCCAAAGUGAGUAAGUAAGCGAUAAGGAGAAGCACUCAUCUUAUAACCAAACGCAAAGCAACAUCACCUCCUCAGCAGAUAAGCCAGCCCUGAGAGGACCAGGCUGCAGAGAAGCUGCAGAACGGGACCCAGAGAUAGUCAGACAUAAAAACAACAAAAAAAAAACAACACAAACAACAAAAAAACAACAAAAAAAAAAAAAAAAAAACUGUGACCUGCUUUGAUCUGCAGCUGCCUCCUGCAGUCUCGACAAAACUACAGCGAUUCCUCAGUGAAGGCCCAGACUAGUGAAUAUGGACAAUGCUGUGAACUUGCUUACCAGAAAGACUUAAUGAAAUGGAUAGAAACCCUGCCACAGUGUGAUUUUUGUGAAAGGUAACAGAGAGGGAAAAAAAGGAAAGGAAAGGAAAAGCUACACGGCCUCAGAGGAGAUGAAGAGACAUACAUGGCAACGGAGCUGCCAAAAACCUCAAAACUAGCUUGAAAACAUUUUCCAAGAAAGCACCGCAUACUACGUAGAUGUAUGGGAAGAUUGUUUUUAAGUGGUUUUUUUUUUUUUUUUUUUUUAAAAAAGCUCCACAAUGAGGAGAUAUUUCAAGGAAUUGCUGUUACCUUUACAUUCACUCCCUCCUUUUCCAAAGCAUGAUUAACAGAUGAAAGAGCCUAGUAAAGGGUGGUGUAGACUUGAUUAUCCUCUCUCUUUCUACCUCCCCUCGCCCCACACCUCCCUUCUACGCCCCCCCCCCCCGACUACUUGACUCAAGUUUGCGCCUAUAACCACAACCUGCUUUGAACAGAGCCUCAGAGCAGUCACAUGGGAAGGGUUCGAACCUGCUUGUAGAUAUUGUUCCUCUUUUUCAUUUUUCAAUAAUGUCUCUUGUCGCUGAUGUCCACAUGUGCUGCCCUUGUGUGUAUCCAAAAAGAUGGACUUUGUUUUUGGUUCUGUUACCUUUCAUUUUCCUCCUUUGAGUUUGGGCUGAGCAGUGAAGUCAGAGCAAGGACACUCGUUUCAUGAGAGGAAGUCCCACAUUGUACUUAUUGUUUGAUUUUCUUGUAUCUAUAUUAAUGAGAUGAAACCCCUCUUGUAGAAUAUUUUGUAUUGCUCGCAUUGUAAGACAGUGAGAGGACGGAGGUGCAAUAUGAAGAGAAUUCAGCUACUGAAUGGAACCUCAGCAACUGCCCAUAGGGUGUCAUAUAAUAUAGAUACAUAUAAAUAUAUUUAAAGUAACAUCGGUAACUUAAUGUGAAUGUACAUAGUAUUUAAAGAGGUCCAAAAAUGUGUUUGCCAAAUAACAGAAACCUUUAAAGUUUAAUGUCCAGAAUAUGAUUUUCUCACAGUACAUUUCUUUCUUGAAUUUAUCGAUUCCUCUUUUUUUUUUCUCACAAGCGAAACACUUUCAAUUUUCACUAAAAUCAAAGUGUCACGUGACCCUGAGUGGAGGAGACUGUUGGUAACAGAGGUAAAGUGGCUCCAUAAAAGGGAUGAAAACAGAUUAAGGGUGGAUGGACAAGACAAGACAAGACUUCCUCAUUUUCUUUCUGAUUAGGCCUUAAUUUAAUAUUUCAAAAGAAUCACCCACAUUGUAUUACAUUAAGAAGAACCUCUGACAAAUAAUAAGAUGUUUAUGUUCCACUAAAAUGUUAUUGAUUUGUAUGGAAUGGCACUAUUGAGGCGAAUUCUUGUUGAUGCCAUGUGCGUCAUCCACCCCAGGUCAGUUUACAUCCCGCAGGAGGGGACUCAACAGUGUGUGUCUUGGCGUGCUAUUGAUUAAAAAGCCCCAAUAUAGUCAGUACUUUAAAAAAAAAAAAAGGGAUAAUGGUGUUGUCUCAGUUUUAAAUUUAGUUCAUUCACACCAAGGAACUGUCAAACUUGAUAUAACAUGUCAAGUGUUGUGUUUCUCACCAUCCUUUUGGCUCAAGUGCCACUGUAGUGACCCUCUCUCUUGGUCCUCAUCAACCCGUGUGUGUGUGUGUGCGUGUGUGUGUGGUUAGGAGUGUUUGUUUCCCCCAAGGUGCAGGACAAGCCAUUACUGUAGGGUUAAGUGAUAUGCCAGUGUUAAGCUACAGUAAACUUCAAAGUUAAUUUUGACACACAAUCUUUGAAAUGUUGCUGUCUUUUUUUUUUUACUGAUUAUUUUUUAUUCGUAAAGAUGCAAUGUGAGCAUAAGCUUGAGAUCUGGGUCCAGACCAAGAGAGAUGCAUCACCUCUUUAGGUUUAUGUUUUUUUUGUUUGUUUUUUUUCAGCCCUUCCCACAUGCUCCAGCAAUAUGAUCGCCCCUUGUAAACACAUGUAUGUUAAACAGUGUCAAGGCCUUUAAAAAAAUUGUGUGAGCAUAGCUGCUCAAACAAAUUUAAUAUUGAUCAUUGUAAACCCUGCGUGGUUGGCCUCAUACACACUUGGACCAAACUUGAAAAAAAAAAAAAAAAAAAGUAGGUAACUUGCUUUCUGCAGUGAUUGGAAUUUUUUUUUUGGACUAUCUGAGACAUAUAAUUCAAAUGGGAUAAGCUACAAGGUACCCCUGCAUCUGUGUGUAGCAUUUAUGCAUUUGUGUUAUGCUUACCGUAAUUUGGUGUUGACCUCAGCCUUUUUGUGUCACCCCCCCCCCGCCCCCUCCACCCCGCCCACCCCCCCAUGUCGAAUUCCUCCACUACUACCACAGACCGCUCUUCACGACCCCCUCUCACACAAGCUACCUCCUGUGACCAUACAGCUAACCACCAGGAGAGGUUGACCUGGACUUUGAAAAGCUGGGCUGACAGCAGACAUGGAAAUGCACAUCCAAAAGCGAUCAUAUGAAUCUGUUUGAAAUUGAUUAAAAAAAAAAAACAAUUUUAAAAGCGUUGAAAGGAAUUGCCAUUACUUGUGAUGCGUAAGAAUAUUUAUCACCUUUUUGAUGACAUCCCACUAUCCAAACUGAUACUGCUUGAAUUUAGUAAUACAUUACUAUUACUGUAACGACCCGCAUAUUACCAAACUGACACACAGAAUCAACCAUGACAUGCCAUUUGUUGUCCAAAACCAAUAAAAGCACAGACCAAAGUACUCCUGCUUUGCCAUAGUAGGCUUUGACACAGUGUGUAUUGACAGACCAGAAAUACGGUUCGACCUCCACUACAGCACUUAACCAAAGUGUCUGAAAUACACACACUCAGAGCACAAGAGUGAAGAGCGCGCUCAAUGAACCGGCUGAGUUUGAAAUGUGUAGAAUUCCUAUUCAAGCAAUCAAAGCGCUUGUUGUCUACAUAUUGAAUAGUGCUUCUGUAAAAGAAUAGAGGCAUCUCCCUCGGGAAAGCCUACUGAUUGCGUGUUCUUACAGUUACAAAGCCUUGCAGAGAUAAAAUGAAUGAAUGGUGGAUGUGUGUGUUUGUGUGUGAAUCGUGGUGUGUGUAUGUGUGUGUGUGUGUGUGUGUGUAUGUGUAUGUUUUUGUAAAAAAAAAAAAAAAAAAAAAAAACCUUUUUCUUUGUGUCUCUGUACGAACUACUUGAAACCUUCAGAGCUUUAAUGAAACAUCCCAGACAGACUAUAGUGGAAGAUCGAUUCACAAUAUGUAGCAACAGCUUUGUGCAGUAAAAUACCGUGUUUGCGUAUAAUAUCCACAUCUAAACAUUUUAAUGACAGUUCCAUUCAGCUCUUACAUGCUUUGUAUGUGCGUCCUUGUCUGCAAGUAAGCCCUCAGAUAAACUAAACAAAGCCAAACCCAACAGACCACUUCUAAAUGACCAAAAUACAACCAAAAGCUACAACUUUCUUCUUUAGAUUUCACUUUGGUUAAGGUUUUUGUCUUAUAUUCCAGCAUCAGAGAUGGUUCCAUUGGACAGGAUACAAGAGAACAAAUCCAUGUGCUGUUCAGCUGGGUGUAAGCUUCAUUAAGUCAUGAAACAAAUGAGAUUUGUGCCGAGGUGUCAUAUACUUUUCUCUGUGAAGAUAUUAUAGAUGGCAAACGCAUAAGGGCUCUGCUGUUGUUACCAUCCAAGGGUCUCCGAACACUUUACAUCAACCACUUUUCUAUUUGUUUAACUAUGUACAUGAUAUGGGCAAAACGCAUGUUUAGAAAAGACAAAUAUUAGCAGGUUGGCAUUUGUCUCUCCCUACCCGAACCAGUAACUCUACCAAUGACGUUUCAAGGCUCAUCUGGUGUGAAGGUGACACGUCCUUCCUGUGAAACAGGCACUGAUGAAUAGCUACAAUAGAAAGCUAAAGUGGCAAACAAAAGCCAUGGCUCAGGAUGGUCUUGUUUUUACCUUUACAUAAACUGAAAAAAAGGUUUAUGGUUUUAUAUGUGUAGGGAAGCAUUCUAUACUGUAUUGUGCAAUACAUUAUUACAGAAAAAACAUGUUUCUGUAGGAAAGGUUGGCGCUUUGAAGAUCUUUCUCCUUUUGUUUUAUUUCCCUCUUCAAAAAGUCCUGUUGCCGUUUUUAGAUGAAGUAAACUGUGCCAGAAGAAUUAAAUUCUGAUUUGUAUUUAUUUCUUGCAUGCUUUCCUCCCUGUUGCUAAUACCGCUCUUUAACUGUUCGCUCUGUUGGAUGUGUGAAGCUGUAAAACAUUCUAAUUCAGGUUAUUGUCUGUGUUGAACAAUGUAACUGUGUAAUUAAAACAUAAAAUUAAGUAUUCA